UUGGGCUCCACAUCUGACGGCGCUGUGGAGGUUUUUCUGUUCGCGCACUGUGGAUCUGUAACCGGCGACCCUCAGAAAAAAUGCGCCUGGAUUUAAGGAGAGCCUUCAGCUAUCGGAGGCUGUAUGCAGCGAAGCCGAGGAACUGAGGGCAGAAACGAGGGGGAUCGGGUUUUUUUGGUGUGGAAGCAGCUGAGUGGGCACAUUUUCGAGGAGCUUUUUUCAGAGAAACAGACUGAGCGGCGACGGGAAUGGCCGUAGCCAACUUUAACUUUUACCCAGUCCGUGUUUGGAAUUCGUUCCUCCUUUCUCGUCGUUUUUAAUGUAACGUUACAGUGUGAAGGGAAUGUCUGAGAGGAAGAUGGAUUAGGCAUUUUAAAGUCGCCAGGACGUUUGGCUGUGAAGGCAGUCUUGUGCUAAGCGGGCUAAUUUCCUCCACUCGUAUUGUUUUGUUUUGGUUCUUUCUCCCCUCGCGAGCCCUUUUGAGUUUCUGUAGCAACGAUGAGCGCGAGACGAAGACUGCACCGUCUUUCAGUCAGCGAAGAUGCGAAUCACCGUAAAACUGCCAAAACUGACCGUUAGUCCUUAAAAAUGUCCGUUAUAUGAUUUUACUUAAAGUCGGAAUUUACGGCACAGCGUUACCUCAGUCUUAUUUUUACAGAAACAAACAAAAAACCGUUAACGUUGGCCUCGAGUUAGUUAACCUAGUUAUGCUAACUUCAGUUUCAGCUCAACGUUAAGUGACCCAUCAGUGGGUGACCCCGAAUAAAGCUGCUCUUUGAUGGAGUUUUCCAGCACUCGAAGGGACUUGGAUUUGAUUUUUGCUCUGGGCAGCAGCCUGGGAGAUAAUAAUUCCCCUUCCAGCUCGCUACUACCCACCGUGUCCCGCCUCCGGGGUGAGGGCGAGCAGGCAUGCAGCUGAACCGGCCGAGGAGCGCCCUUCUCGGCUACGCGGAGAGCCACGCGUCCUUCUCCAGCCAGUUCAAAACCAUGCGCUUCUCCUACCACAUCAGCGGGGGGCUGCCGAGCCCCCAGCCGGCCCUGCGCCGGAGAGGCCCAUCCGCAUCUAGUCCUCGGCUCCUGACUAAGAGUCUGUCUCUGGAGCCGGGCCCCUGCCCAGGAGCCCACGACACCCCUCAGCGCCUUUGCUCGGACCCUGGACCCCUGGGGCCCCAGCACUGCAAUGGCACGAGUGAAAAUGGGCCCCAAGAUGCACCCCCUCCGCCCCCAAAAACACGGCCACCUUUACCUGGCCCCAAACCACAAGUGCCCCCAAAACCACCACAUCUACAACAACAGAGUGCCCGUCGCCCCCGGCCUCCAGACAAGCCCCUCCCACCACCUCCAUCGCGCCCACUACCAGCAGACCCCCGCCAAUCACGGGCCACACUGUCACGAGCUGAGGGAAGCUCCUCCCCUACAUGUGUCCUGUCACUAAUCGAGCGAUUUGAGAGGGAGCAAAUCAUCAUGGUGCCCGACAUCACAGGUGGAGUGAUGUGUACCCCGCGAGUCCCUGAGCCACAGUCUGCUGUAGGGUCUUCAACCCCACCAUCAGAGACCGUCCUGCCCUGCACCCCCAUUCCAGGGCCUGUGGAGGCUCUUCUGGGCAAGCAAGAGCAAGAGGAACAGCAAGUGGAAGGAGAGGAGGUGAAAGAGGAGGUGCAAGAGGAGGAUGAGAGCGAACAGGGUGCCUCGUGCUCUGAAAAGCGUUUGUCCAUGGAGUCUGGCUACUGUGCCUCUGACAAACUACUGGACGCUGUGGACAUGAGGGACCUAAAUCAAUCAGAAAUUCCUUCGGACCGAUUGUCCCUCCCUCCACCGCAGACAGACGGCAAACUGGCCAACAGGGACAGUGGCAUCGACAGCAUCAGCUCUCCAUCUCACAGUGAGGAACUAUGCUUUGCUGGGGACGAGGAUCGCAUUGGCCAUGAGAGAGAGAUGUGUCCAUGCAGCCCCACUGCCAUUCUUCCUCGCCUCUCCUCCUCUUCCUCAUGCGGCUGUGUGGAAGGAACCGUGGGAGAUGGAGCUGCUGCAGCAGAGGGUGGGAGGGACUCAGAGGGGGACAGCGAUUUGGAAGAAGGGAGCGGGGAUGAGAGUGAGAUGAACCCCAUGGCCCUACAGCCUCUCCCAAAAGCAGAGAGGCAGGACUCGGUUGAGCUGUCAGUCCAGCAGCGAGUGUUUAACAUCGCGAACGAGCUCCUCCAGACAGAGAAGGCUUACGUGUCCAGACUUCACCUACUGGACCAGGUGUUCUGCGGGCGGCUGAUGGAAGAGGCACGGGCCCGUGGGUCUUUUCCCUGUGAGGUGGUCAUGGGCAUCUUCUCCAACAUCUGCUCCAUUUACUGCUUCCACCAGCAGUUUCUGCUGCCAGCACUGGAGAAGCGCAUGGAGGAGUGGGAUGCAAACCCGCGGAUCGGGGACAUCCUGCAGAAGUUAGCUCCCUUCCUGAAAAUGUACGGUGAGUAUGUGAAGAACUUUGACACGGCCAUGGAGCUGGUGAACACCUGGAUGGAGCGAUCCUCGCAGUUUAAAGCCAUCAUUCACGAUAUUCAGAAAGAGGAGAUGUGUGGUAACCUCACCCUGCAGCACCACAUGUUGGAGCCCGUGCAGCGGAUCCCUCGAUAUGAGCUGCUGCUGAAGGACUACUUGCACCGACUGCCUGAGGACGCAGAUGACUUUAAAGAUGCACAGAAAUCUUUGGAGCUGAUCGCAACGGCGGCUGAGCAUUCUAAUGCAGCCAUCAGGAAAAUGGAGCGAAUGAGAAAGUUGUUGAAGGUGUAUGAACUGCUCGGGGGAGAAGAGGACAUUGUAAACCCAACUAACGAGCUCAUUAAGGAGGGACACAUCCUCAAACUGUCAGCCAAGAACGGAACUUCACAGGACAGAUACCUCAUACUGUUCAAUGACAGGUUACUGUACUGUGUCCCCAAGCUGAGACUAAUUGGACAGAAAUUUGGAGUGCGGGCGAGAAUUGAUGUAGACGGCAUGGAGCUGAAAGAGACAAGUAGUAUAAACGUUCCACGGACCUUUCUAGUGUCAGGAAAACAGCGCUCUCUUGAACUGCAGGCCAGGACUGAAGAAGAAAAGAAAGACUGGAUUCAGGCGAUCCAGGCCACUAUUCAGAGACACGAGCAGAGUGUUGAGACGUUCCGGGUGUUGAACUGCUCAGUGCGGGAGGAGGACUGCACACCCCCCAACUCCCCGAACUGCACAGAACUGGGAAAGCGUGCCCCGACUCCUAUCCGGGAAAAAGAGGUGACGCUGUGUAUGAAGUGCCAGGAGCCAUUCAACUCCAUCACUAAGAGACGCCACCACUGCAAAGCGUGUGGACACGUGGUGUGUGGGAAGUGCUCGGAGUUCCGUGCCCGGUUGUUGUACGAUAAUAAUCGGGCAAACCGCGUAUGUAUAGACUGCUACACCACAUUGGUGGGAGUCCCGCCCUCUCCAGCCAGUCUGACCAAUAGUGCUCAAAGAAGACGCUCAAUUCUAGAGAAACAGGCUUCUGUUGCGGCAGAGAAUAGUGUGCUCUGUAGCUUCCUGCACCACAUGGAGAAGGGCAGCGGGCGUGGCUGGCAGAAGGCUUGGUUCGUCAUCCCUGAAAAUGAACCACUGGUGCUCUACAUAUAUGGUGCUCCACAGGAUGUAAAAGCCCAGCGCAGCAUCCCCCUCAUUGGCUUUGAAGUCUCCCUACCCGAGUCAUGUGACCGUCUGGAGCGUCGCUAUGCCUUCAAAAUGAGCCAGAGUCACCUGACGGUUUACUUCAGUGCAGAUGGGGAGGAGCUUCAGAGGCGCUGGAUGGAGGUCCUCUCAAGAGCUGGAAGAGGGGAGGAGAUACCAGCUCAUGGUCCAAUCUCUGAGGCUCUGGAGGAAGAAGGGGAGGAGUCAACCUCUCUAGGAGAAAGCACAUGAUUGGUUGAUAAAUAUAUCUCUUUUUUGCACACAUGAACUGUACAAAUGUGACCACAAGGACAAUAUCUGGCAUACAGACACAGACACACACAAGUACACACAGAUGCAAACACACACACAGACACACACACACACCUUCGCUUUUACACACAUCUGUUCUAAUUGUCGGUUGUAAGUUGCAUGAAAUAUCUACAGGUACGUUUGUCCGUGUAUUGCUCAUCUUCUUUGAGUGACAAGUGUUUGCGAAACCUGCCAGUGUGUGCUCACCUACACAUGGCGCGUCUAAGGACACGUCAAAGAUAGUCGCCAUGCUUUAAUAUCACCUUUCCUCCGCAGCUAGCGAUUUAUAUGUUAGAUAGAGCCACUCUUUCUGCCAACCAUUGCUGUGUUGUUUUUUUAAAUGAGUGAUUUCUUGCUGGAGUUUUCAGUGCUUGUAAACUCAUCCGUGUCGUUUCUGGGAGAAGGCCUGCAGAUUUCUCAGCGUGUUUAGGCAACUUCCACUAUCAAGUUCAGUAUAGGAAAGUCAAAGGUGCAAAGGGCAGGUUCUGCGUAGGUUUACUGUUUAGAGUAAAGCAAGCAGACGGCACAGAUCAGUCAUCCCCAACUUAGAUCACCUGAAAGAAUGGUCACAAUUUUCCAGAUUUUUGUACUAAGACUAGUACACAAGAAUUUACGGAGCUUAUACAGCUGUUUUUAUGGCCAUAAUUUCCUGUUAAAUGAUUCAAUUUAAGAGCUUGCGAGUCCUAAAAAAUGAACACAUAGCGUUGUAGAAAAGACAGUUUUGGCAGUCAUGAUUGAGGUGUUUGUCUGUUGGGGGACUCCUGAAGUUGAUCUUUUAUGCUGAUCUUUGGAUCAGUUUCUCUUCAGCAUGUACUAAACCAUAGAAUCAGGUCUCAGGAGGGAGGCAGCAAUGUGGAGCGUCAGAUCAGCUCACUUCUGCCACCCUGUGGAGUUUUACUGCAUUGCAUCGUGAUGCUGUUAAAAUUCCUUAUUUGACUUAAUACUGUUUAAAAAAGAAGAUUGUUUGCUAAAAUGUGGGUCUAAGAAAACACAUUAACAGAAUAACAUGGCUCUAGAGCACAGCAUGUGUGAGCGAGUCCCCUGCUGCUCCAGGGAAAAAGAGUGACUGAUUUUGUGCUAGUAGAUUGUAUGCGGGGUGGGGGGACACUUAGACGAGACUGUAGAUACUGGGAGACUUUAUAGAGUGAGAGAGAGCAAGAAGUAUGUGUGUAUUGGGCUAGUUUUUAUCAUUAUGACAUCAGUGAUAUCUGCCUUAUCCAGAAGGGAUUUUGAUAAGAAAAUUAAGAGUAUAUAUAAAUAAAAAAACAUGGUAAAGGUUUUGAUGAUGAUACUAAGCGUUUUAAGCAGUGUUGUAUUUGUGUAUGAAAAGUGCUAAAAGGGUAAAAGACAGUUGCGUUUGUAAAUAUAAUUUAUUCCUCUGGACCCAGUUUUGUGGGUUGGGUAUUAUUGACGAACUCUGUGUUCCCUUUGUCCUGUGCCGUAUAGAUGGACAUCAGAGCAUCCUGUGGAGAGAAUCUGAAACUAAACUUCUCUUUUUUACCACUUUUAUCAGUCAAAAAGUCCGUAUUCAGUGUUUUAGAAAAGAAGUUUCUUUUUCUUCAAUAAGUCUGAUUACAGAAAUGGGUUUGCCAGCGUGAUGGCCGAGUCACUCAUGCUGAUCUGCUAUUUGUGUUGGGUAUUGGUUUCGAUAUUGCUCUCUGUUGUUGAAAACACUUGCUUGAUUAAAAGUGAAACCGGACCGGUCAGUUGUGUCUUAAAGUCCGUGGCCUCCCACCAUCCUGUUUGUCUCUCUGCGGAGUGCCCGAAAAAAAUAAACAAAUGAAAAAGAUGUCAGAAAAUGAGCUACAUGAGUAGAAUAGGGCUGAAAGGCUUAAUCACCAUGGAGAGAUAGUAAUCAUUUAAGGAGAAGUGUGUAGAUUCAUGGCUGUGAAUGUAUGUAUGUGUGAGUGUAUGUGUGCAUUCAUGGGUCAUAUUGAUCAUUGUUCAGCCUUCAGUUGAGCCUGCCACUCGUUCACUCAUGCAGACCCUCCCCCUCCAUCACCACACCAACAAAAAGCAUAUUUGUGUUUACCUGCUGUAGGUUUUCUCUUCAUUAUGCAUCUUUGUGUCAUGCCUUACAUAUCUACGUUUCUGCAUUUGACUCUUUUUUUUUUUUUCUCUGCUUUUUUGCCAAAGUAUACUGCAGGAAAAUAUGUAUUAUUGUGUGUGUUGUGUUUAUCUGUGUUGUUUUUUUUAUUACACAUAUUUAUUGUUUUUUCUAAUUUUUUUACUUCAUGAGGUUUCUUGCCUAUAGUUCUUGCUUCUAGAACUGAUAGCUAAAAAGAAAUUUGUGCAGUACAGAUCCUAAUACAGAGCAGCAAACACUAAAUACAGAACUUCUCACAUCAUGAAGGCUGUAUGGACAGUAACGAGCACCGUCACUAAAUUCUGCGUAUCCUACAGAUUUGUUUGAAUUGGUGCAUGAAUUCUUGUAUUAAUCAGAAAUCCACCAUUAUUACAGUAUAUGGUACUAUACAAAAGUCAGAGACCACCCUUCAUUUAUUUUAUUUCAGGUCAAAAUAACUAUUAAGUGCUUUCAGUACAUUAAGUUUGUUAUUUUCAGUGACAGGAAAAAAUUAGAAAUUUACGACAGCGUUUUAGGGCCACUGUUAAAAAUAGUCGACUUCGAGAAAAAAGUUGUACUAUUUUGAGAAUAAAGUCGUAAUAUUUCUCCAGCAACUCCUAAACGCCCCUCAUUUUAACACGAGGAGGUGCUGCCUUCCCUUUGCAAAGCAAUUGCCCACAAUAUUGCAACCUUUCCUGGCAUUAGUGCCACAAUUCUACAACGAAAUAUCCUUUUUUCUCAAAAUCAUGAAUUUUUUCUUAAAAUGUCACAUCUUGUUUCUCAAAAUAUUUUUUUUUAUAUUUAAUUUUUAAUAUUUAGUAUUUUUAAAUAUUUAUUUUACAUUUAUUAUGGCUUCUGUUCUUUUUAGGGCGUGCUUUCAGUUUUUCAGAGAACUUCACAGGGAGCUUGAAUACUGUUUAACUGAUUCGUGAGCUCCAUUUUCUCUAACUUUUCAUCUUUUUUUCAUUCCAGUGUUGGGAACUCCUAUUUUUUCCACAUAUUUUUCCUUUGGCUUUCCCUUCUGUAUGCAAGUGGAUUGUCUUGUAUCUAAUCUCCUCAGAAAUACCUCCUGGAAAUGAGUAUCUUAAGCAGUGAGUGAAGUAGUUUAUAACUGUUUUGACUGGUAGUUCAAGAAAUGAAGGGUAAUCUGUGACUUUUGCACAGUGCUGUACAUUCCUAUUCCAUAAAUCUCUCUUCUAAGCUUUGCUGGUGUCAUUUAACACUAAACCGUCAUGUGAGGUGUCAGGAUACAAGAUUAAAUUUUAUAGCACUCUUUGGGGGAUGCAAAUGAAUUCAGCAGAGCCUAUUUUUUGACAGGCGUCUCAUUAUAAUUGCACCAUUUGCAUAUUCUACCAAAAAAGCUAUUUGAAGAUCCAUAAUUUCAGGGCUUUCAAACAAGCCUUCUUGCCCAGGAGGUGCUGGUUUGUUGCAGGAUCACUCGGGCAGCUUUGCUGAGCAAGUGUUCAUAAAUAACCCAUUGUUAUGACCAGACCAGCCAUCUUGCAUAAUAAUCCCUCACCUGACUGAAUAGGUACUGUAGGCACAGCUGGAUAACUGACAUGGCCAUAUCCUUUUAGUUUUAUUCCAUCCUGUAGGGUCAUCUGGCAACAUCUGUGCAGAUGUUAUUUCCGCAUAAUUUAAGAAAAGCUUUGCGUUUCUCUUUCUAUCUUUUUAUUCCAGGUCAUUUCAAAGUCAGUCAAAUUGCAUGUAUUAUUUCUGAGCCAGUCAUUCGUCAGCCAAGUGUAUUUCUGAUUUUACUUUGUUCAGAUGGAUUGAUUCCUGAGGUCUGGCCUGUUGUAAUAGGAAUGUUCAGCUUGGCUGAAGGUUAUAUCGGUGUCUUGAGGUUGAGCACAUACAGGUCAGUCAUUUGCUGCUCACCAUAAAUGUUAAUCUUUAUGUGUGAUAACAGCUGAAAACCUCACUGAGGUCAUGCUCAUCAUCGCAGCUGGGACUGUGUGGGCCAUUUUUAUCCUACUGGAGUCAUUGCUGCCCAAAGAAACCGUAUAAAGUUGCCAGAUAGUCCCACCGGAGGUGUUUAAAGCUAAAACGAAAUGACUAAGUUUACCUGGUUUGAUGACACAAACGUUUGCAUUCCGCAAAUGAGCCCAUGACCUGAUUGCCUCGCUAUGCCGUACAACCUAAUAUGUGGCAUCACUUUUUGUUGUCUUUCCUCUCUGGAAUCUGUAUAGAUUUGCUGUACACAUGAUGAGUAUUACUGUUAUUACAAGUACUAUUCUAAUUAUUAUCGUUAAUUAUAUUAGUGGCAGGCCACUGGGUACCAUUGUAUGUUGACAACCCAAUGAAAUCUGUGCAAGAUCAUGAAAAUGUUUAUGAAUUAAAGUAAUGCAAAAAAGA